AUGAAUACUGUUACUAUUUUUUUAACAAUUACCACAUCUCUCCUAAGUGUCAGUUUAUCAGCUGAUUUACCAAAUUGGCUAGGCACAUUUAAUAUAGAUAAUAGUUGUAAUCAAGCCGAAUGUUGCUGUUUAGAUGAAGAAGCAACGAUAGUAAAAAUUAAUGAAUCACAACUUUUAAUUACAGCUAAUGUUGCUGGUCUACCAUGUCAAGCACAACUCAAUGGAUCAACUACAGUAUCUGUUCCACUUCCAAUUCCUCAAGAUAAAAAUGGUUUUCAAAUAACAACAAGUUUUCUUGGUACUCUCAAUCGAUUUACUCUCAGUGCUGAUAGUCAAUAUAUUGCUCAUUCUAAUUUACAAUAUCCAAGAUGUAGUGGUAGCGCACAACGAGUAGUUAGUAAUUGGUUAGGAACAUUCAAUGUUGAUGAUAGUUGUGAUCAAAAUCAAUGUUGUUGUUUAUCUGAACAAGCAACAAUUACUAAAAUAAGUGAUACACAACUAUUAGUAUCAGCAUAUGUAGCUGGUGAACCAUGUCAAGCACAAUUGAAUGGUUCACGUACAAUUGAAGUACCAAUUCCAAUUCCAAAAGAUAAAAAUGGUUUUCAAAUAACAACAAUUUUUCUUGGUACUAUGAAUCGAUUUACAUUAACCUAUGAUAAUCAAUAUAUUGCCAAUGUUAAUUUACAAUAUCCAAGAUGCAGUGGUAUGGGAAGACGAAUGUAG